AUGAGCACCAUCACCCCAACCCUCGCCUCCACGGCCGCCGUCGACGAAACCCCCGCCCUCCUCAGAGCCCUCCGCGCAAUCCGCGACACCGUCCGAGAAAAACAUCCCUUCGAACGCAAUACCACGCUCCUCAAACCCCACGCCGUCGCCUGGGAACGGUAUGCCAAACAACUUGGUCGGACGGCGAUAUUCUACGUCCCCGCGGCGAUUGUGGUGUUUGGGUGGCCGGUGGCGAUGAAGUGGGUUGUGAAUUGGUCGAAUGGGGUUUAUGAUGCGAAGCCGAAGAGGAGAUAG